CCGGCGGGUACCUUUGGCCGCACGCUUCUCGUAGGGUAGAUAGCUUCCGACAGAUUGAUCGAAGAGGCCAGCCGCCGCAUUUCUGAGCCUCGGAGUGUUUAUCCUCAAUACCUAAAAUGAGCGUUCAGGUCCGAUGAGGACGCUGCACGCCAUGCACCAGCAUCGAACCGGUUCCAUCUCUUUGGCACUUUCGACGGGCGGUCUGCUACCAUGAGCAUAGCGCUAUUUGUUUCUGCGACCACGCCGAGACCGAUUGCGCUGGCAUGUCGAGCUUGCAUUCGCUCGUCCGCAAUAUCAGCUGCGCAGGCUGCCUGUGCAAAUGAAGCUAAUCAGUCCUCGGCAGCCCGCCAACGCGAUGCCUCUAGACUAUGGCACCAGCAAUGGCGGCCAUUUGGCACUAAUGCGAGCCCGUCCCAGACUUUCGACUCUCUCGCCUCCUCUUCAUCACGUAACAUCAGUGAAACCCACAUCAAGACGAAGAAGACACCGCUGGAUUACGGAAAACUUCGGCGAGCUCUGCUCGGGGGUGACGAUCCUUCGCUGCAACGUCCCCCCAAAGAAGAUGCGCCAGUCUCGCGCAAGACCAUAUCUGCUCAUCGCUACGCUCUGCGUGCAAUGCAUCUUCGUCGACUUGACGCCGCACUUUCCUCGUCAUCGCCAAAUCCCGAGGUCAUUGAGCGGCAUUUCUACGCUUUCUGCGAACAGCACGACGUCUGUACUGGGGGAACACCGGAGGAAAUACCUGCAGUUCUACUGCUAUCUGCUAGACAGCUGAACCGUAUGCUGAGCAUAUGGGCUGCACCACCUGGUCUUGAAGACCUCUUGGAGGUAGAAAUGCGGCGGGAAGGUCAUGUUCCAGGCGAAUUCGCGUCCGAAGAAGCAGAAGCAACGGUGGAAAGAAAGACGGAACGCGGUGCAAAGAAGGCUGUGAAACGCUGCAUGGCUUUGCUAGAGACCAUUCGCAUGGCAUUACUUGUCGAGACAUCACUCAAGAGCGAUCCACUACGAGUGGUGCAACGCUCUCAAGGCCUUCUGCAAGAUCUGUUGCUUUCACCUCAGCUCGGCCCGAGGCCGGCAAAUGCAACACCCCAAAUCCUGCUGUUGGACCGCCUCCUACACCUCGUGCUGAAUCGCUCGCGAACAAUCAGUACGCUGCAUCUCUUUGAAGCCUUACAAAUUGUUCGCCUGGUUCUUCCUUCACCUUUUCCAUACAAUCAUGACCCGGAAAUGCUUACGGCGGGGAAACGGCAGAACCAGCAAAUCAGGGUUCGUUUCAAGAAUAGCAUACAAUUACGCACUUACAAGCUGCUUCUCACGGCAGUCGCGCGCACUGUGCCUCGCAUAGGAUCGAGCCUGGGGGUGCUUGGCUACGACAGUGACCGCAUCACACCUGAGGAGAUGCAGUGGCGGGUGAAAGAAGUGAUCAAAUGCUUGCGUUCGACAUCCAGGGACAACCCGAAAGAAAUAGAGACGCCCCAGAAGCUGGAGCAGAAACCUUCUGAGGAGCUGGCAGCGCUUACACAGAAUCACCAUACCACUCGCAGACUGAAGCGACGCUUGUCGCGCUCAGCAAAUACCCGUCAGCUCGAAGUGAAAGCCUCACACGCAGAUGCCUUCGAUGUCCUCGAAAGCCUACUUGAACAGACACGCACAUUCGAAUGGACCGCGGAUAAGGCUCUUGCUGUCAUUUCUGCCUUAUGCGAAGAUUUGCGCUCUCACAUCAAGCUGGCUUCGCCUGGGUCAGCAGAGGCGGGCCCUGAUCAUCGCAAGAUCUUUGACAAGUCCACCUACAACGCAUUGCUCAUCUUUGCGAUGCGUUCGCACACCCUCGAGGCUGUGCCUCUCAUCAUUGCUAGGGCGGUCAAGCGAGGGCAAGCGGACGUCACACUGUUUAAUACAUUCAUGGCGCAUCUGCCCAACUUGCAGCCCAGAGUUCAGGACCAAAGUAUGAGUCAGGAGGACACGGCGCAACCGGACCAUCUGACUAGCUCAAGCACAUGGGCGAACGAGCUAGUGAUCGUCCGACUCAUCUACGAAGCCAUGCGCGACAAUCUCAUCUUGUUUGAACUUGAGACCCUGCGGGCACGGCCGGGAGCAGCUGCAAGAAAUCGCAAGCAGUACGCGGACUACGACGAUCCGCUUUCCGCGUUCGUUAUGGCAGGGCGUGAGCACGAAUUCGGGCCUGAUCCCAAUUUUGAAGACGGUCGUACGGGCAACGGUAUGAUCGCAUCUCCUCCACCGAGAGACUUGCCGCUCGCUCAGCGCCAGCUGCGAGGCAUGCUCGGCAUUGCAAAGCUUCCGUUGCACGUCAUUCCGAAUGCAGAGACGUACGCUCUGCUCGUCAAGUCGCUCAGCUGGCACGGAGACCUGCAAGGCGCAAUCGGCAUAAUCGAAGACAUGGUGCAGACGCCGAUAAAUUCGGGCUACCACCGUCGCCGCGUUGCUCACGCUGAUGUUCCCAAAGCUCGAGACGAUUCGCAACCGCAGGAAGACUUUUUCACCUCUCAGCCUGACGCCAACCGAAGCGAGGAGAACGAAGAGACCUUUCUCCCCGGCCUCGACAUCUACGACAGCCUUUUCCGUGGCUUUGCUCGACACAGCGUGCCUGGGCGCCUCGACUACCUCAACGAGCAUUCCUUGUCGCACUCUCGCUGGCAGAUCGAUGACUCAACACCCAGUGAUUGGAACGUCAACUCCUUCGGCGAUAUCUUCGAGUCCUUCUUGCAGCUUCGUCCCCGCCACUCUCCGCGUCGGGCAGGCUGGGUGGAUCCAUACAGCAGCGGCACCGCGAGUCAGAUCGACGACGGUGGGCAAUUGACGUCUUGCUCUUCUGCUCCAGUCGCUGUUUCAGCGGUACCAGCCCUUUACAAGCCACGCAAAGCCGUCGACAUCGACACUCUCGCACCGUCGACCAACCAGUUUUUCUGGCUGCUGACGGCUCUGCGUCGCGUCAGUGGCGACCACGCGCGGUGGACACUGCUGCAGUGGUCGCGCGCCUGGACCAAGUUCUCUGCCGUACCAUGGGAAAGCCUGGCGCGCGAGAUGGAGCUGGAGCGUAAGGCAAAGCCAAGGUACCAGAAUGCACUGCCUAUUGCUGCAGGGAAGGCUUUGCCUGUGCAGCUAGGUGUGUUCUCCGUCGACGCGAAGAAACGAGGUGAGGAGGACACGGAUGGGCACGUAGGUGCAGGCGGAGGCGAGAGCGCAGAGGGCCUACAGUUGAGCAACGGGCCACGCGUUAAAGGAGGUGGACCGAGGCGAACGGUUCGUGCGGAUGUCGGAAUAAGGAAUAUGCGCAUCGCAAGCGGGGAAAAGGCCAUGUGGAUGGACAUGUCGAUUCCGGAGCAAGACCGGGCAGGGGGCGCGUGGGUGCUUGCCAUGCUCAAUGCACGUCUCGUGCGUGUGCUCAUGUAUCUCAGACAGCGACUAUGACAACAACUACGUAAAGCUGCACUUGGCCCUGAUUUUCCUCGGACUCGCCCACUGCUCCGAGAAGGUAAACCCAAGUUUUCACAUAGAAGACAAUU